AUGAAAUCCUCUGCCUCAAUAACAUCCAGCAACAUGACACUGGGUUUCUCGGAGGAGGACGACCUCCCAGGGUCGAAGGUCAAUCUGCACCUGAAGGCCAACCCUGGCUCCCUUUGCUCCAUCUGUGCCAUGGACAAGAGCGUCCUCCUGAAGGAUGAUAGAGUCAUGACACCAGAGAGUCCACAUGCUGGUGUGGUGCCAAGCCCUGAGAAGGAAAAAAAGACAAAACCACAGACACAUUUUCCAGAGACCUGGAUCUGGGAUCUGGUCCCUGUUGGUGAGGAAGGGAAGGCAUCUCUCCAGGCCACUGCUCCUGACACAAUCACAGAGUGGCAAGCCGACAUGUUCUGCAUUGCGGAUAGUGGCUUUGGACUCUCACAGCCGGCCAAGUUCAGGGUCUUCCAGCCCUUCUUUGUGGAUAUGAUGCUGCCAUACUCUGUGGUCCGGAAAGAGACCUUCACCCUGAAGGCCACUGUCUUCAACUACCUGAAGGACUGUAUCCAGGUGCACACCAGCCUGGCAGAGUCUCUGGAGCUCCAGGUGGAGUCUUGCACAGGCUGCCAAUACACCAGCUGCCUCUGCGACAAUGAAGCUAAGACCUUCUUCUGGAACAUGACAGCCAUCAAACUGGGCAAGGUGAAUGUCACCGUGAGCACCGAGGCACUGGAGUCACAUGAGCUGUGUGGCAAUGAGAUUGCUGUGACCCCGCCAUGGGGACGGACCGACACGGUGAUACAAGCCCUGCUUGUAAAGCUGGGCGGUGUCCUCAAAGAGAAGAUUCACAAUGUCUUCCUGUGUGCUACAGUUACUGAUGAAGUUUCCCUGAAGCUGCCAGAAGGAGUCUUGGAAGGAUCAGGCCGAGCCACUGUCUCUGUCAUUGGGGAUAUCAUGGGCACAGCCUUACAGAACUUACACCAGCUACUUUGUUUGCCCUUUGGCUGUGGGGUCAUGUUUGCUCCAAACAUCUUUGUACUCCAAUACUUGGAGAAGACAAAACAGGCUACACCAGAGAUCAGAAACAAGGCACUGGAAUUCAUGAAGACUAGUUAUCAGCGCCAGCUGCUCUACAAACACGACAACAGCUCCUACAGUGCCUUUGGGAAGCAUGAUGGCAAAGGCAACACCUGGCCAAUAGAUACAAAAAUCCUCUCUCCUCUGCUCUCUGUUUGCAAGCUGACGGCUUUUGUGGCCCGGUCCUUCGGCCAGGCCAGCUCCUACCUGUACAUCAAUGAGCAGCACAUACAGGAUGCCGUCCUCUGGCUGGGACAGAACCAGCUGUCCAGCAUCUGCUUCCAGAGUGUGGGGAAGCUCUUCAACAAUGCCCUGAAGGUAUGGACGCUGGAGGAGUGGGAGAAACCCUAG